AGAACAUCAUUCCGAGCAUCAGAGCGGAAUGCGCUCUCAUUUCAGUCUCAUUUCAGUCAUGUAGAGCCCUGACAACGAAGAAAUGUGCAGGAGCCCUUGCCACCCAUAUGCCCCAUUUGCAUUUUAGCUUGGCAUUAGAAACAAUCAUACCCGCCACUUCAAUUGCUUUGUAAGAGCAGGUGAAGGUGGCCAAACCAUCCACACACACACAUCUUUAUCCAGUAUCACUAGAAAACUAUGGUCAUGGCCGCCCAGGACCAAAAGCCGUCGCAGCAGCGGGCACCGGUUCGCGUGGGAUUUUAUGAUAUUGAGCGCACGCUGGGAAAAGGCAAUUUUGCAGUUGUGAAGCUGGCGAGACAUCGCAUCACAAAAUCUGAGGUGGCCAUUAAGAUCAUAGACAAGACCCAGCUAGAUGCGGUGAACCUAGAGAAGAUCUACAGGGAGGUGGAGAUCAUGAAGCUGCUGGACCAUCCUCACAUCAUCAAGCUUUACCAGGUCAUGGAGACCAAAAACAUGCUCUAUCUAGUCACAGAAUAUGCCAGAAAUGGAGAGAUAUUUGACUACCUGGCCAGCCGCGGGCGGCUCAGCGAGAUGGAUGCGAGGAGGAAGUUCUGGCAGAUCCUCUCAGCGGUGGAGUACUGCCACGAACGCAAUAUUGUUCACAGAGACCUGAAGGCUGAGAACUUGUUACUGGAUGCUCACAUGAAUAUGAAGAUAGCAGAUUUUGGCUUUGGAAACUUCUUCCGUCCCGGGGAACCCCUGACCACGUGGUGUGGAAGCCCACCAUAUGCAGCUCCAGAGGUGUUUGAAGGACAACAGUAUGAGGGUCCGCAACUGGACAUCUGGAGUAUGGGGGUGGUUUUGUACGUGUUGGUGUGUGGCGCUCUUCCAUUUGACGGCCCUAGCCUUCCUGUUCUCAGACAGAGGGUCCUGGAGGGUCGUUUCCGCAUCCCCUACUUCAUGAGUGAGGACUGUGAGCACCUGAUCAGGAAGAUGUUGGUUCUAGAUCCAGCCAGGCGUUUGUCCCUGAGUCAGAUCAAAGAACAUCGCUGGAUGGUGCAGGAGGUCCCGUCCCAGCGGCCUGUGCUCUACAGACAGGGUUUGCUCUGCGAGAGCAAAUCAGGCUUGGGUGAGCACAGUGAGCAGGUCCUGCGACUCAUGCACAGCCUUGGCAUCGACCAGCAGAAGACUAUUGAGUCUCUCCAGAACAAAAGCUAUAACCACUUUGCUGCUAUCUACUACCUGCUUGUGGAGCGGUUGAAAGCGCAUCGCAGCAGUUUCCCUGUGGAACAGCGUUUGCACGCCAGCCAGCGCCGCCCUAGCACCGUCGCUGAGCAGACUGUUGUCAAGACCAUGGCGGUUCCCUCCCAAGCGUGCGUCCCUCCUCAGGCAGCACGUCACCUGCGUUCACCUGUUCUGUUGCAGUCCACCACAGACACAUUUACCUUCCCACAAACCCCUGCUUCCACAGAUCAGACGCUCAUAGAGGAAGACGUGGCCACUCCCAAGGUGGAUGGCUGCUUACUGGACCCACUCCCUCCAGUCGUUGUCCGCAAAGUCAGCGGCUCGCUGCCUAGCAACGUCAUGGAGACGUCCAUUGAUGAGGGCAUUGAGGCAGAGGAGGAGCACACUGUGCCCCUUGCCGCCUUUCAUACAGCUCGCUUCAGUCAGCGCCGGCACACACUGUCUGAGGUCACCAACCAACCUGCUGUGCUGCCCAUCACAGGUCUGAAUCCGUCCCUCGGCAGCAUGGACUCAGAGUACAGCAUGGGUUCAACACAAAGUGACUUCAGCUUGCCUGAAGAGAAUCCAGCUCUAAGCACUACACCUGCCAGCUCCACAGCUCCAGUCUUCCUCAGCAUGAAGCCUCCUGAACCCCUGCAGCCGCUCAACACAGAGGGGCGGGACGCUCAUAAUCACUCACUAGUCAGUUUCAGAGAGGGCCGAAGGGCUUCAGACACCUCUCUCACUCAAGGUUUAGUGGCAUUCAGGCAGCACCUUCAGAACCUGGCCAGGACCAAGGGCUUCCUGGAGCUGAACAAAGCCCAGAUAGUGUUAGGAGAUGGUGGACUCCCCACCGUCAGUCCACAGGACUAUCCAUUCAGUCACCAGGGAGAAGGACGCCAAUGUCUAAGUGGAAAAGAUACGUUGACAUUCACGGGUAAAAUGCACCCUUAUUUGCUAUCCAGGAGACAGAGUUUGGAGACGCAGUACCUCGCUCAGCGACUACAGAGGGCCAGUCAGUUGGCAAGUGGUCUUGGAAGUGGGCAGAUGUUUUGUAAAGAGGCUUCACCACGCACUUUAGAGCAACAACUCCAAGAGCACAGACUGCAGCAGAAGAGGCUCUAUCUCCAGAAGCAGUCUCAGGUACAGGCCUACUUCCACCAGAUGCAGCUAGCAGAGGAUGGUUACCCCCCUCCCCAGGACUGCAGAGACCCCCAGAACAGUCCCCUGUCCAGCCCUCCCUUCACAUGGACCCAAACCCUAACCCCUUUUCUGGAGCCUGGAGCCUCGUCCCUGGGGUACGUCCCCAAGUCAGCCCGCUUUCCAGACUGGCCUCCGCCACCAGACAAUCAAACGAACUACAAUCCGUCCCUCCCAACAGAGCCCCUGUACGCAUGGAUUCCUGCCCAGCCGCCUCUCCCCACGGGCAAAGCAGAGAGCCCAUCGGCACAACACACACCUGGAGCUUCUUUCCUUGACUGCGAGAUGGUGGAGACCGUAGAGGCCCCACCACAAGGGUGUGUACUCGUAAACUAAAUGUGAAAUAAAGCACUCUGAGGCUGGCUCUCAGACACAAGUGUGGUGAAAAAAAGCUCCCUCAGGGACGAACAAAAUGCCAUGGUUUGGGUCACAUCUUACAGAUGCUACAGAUGUGCACUUGAUCCUUUGGCAGACCCUUACAGACCUUCAUUUUCAAAGAUGUUUGUGAGAUGCGCUAGUGUCCCGAUUUGGUUUUUUUUCCGGUAAGCACAUAUGAAAUGUAGUGCAGCUACCAUAGAGUUUAAAAAUCAGUAUUAAAGCAAUAUUCCUUUUCCUAUAUAAUAGAGUUCUAUGAGUUUCAGUGUUUUUAUAAGUAGUUUGUUUAAUACUUAAAUGAUUAGUAGCUACUCAAGUUUUCAUUAUUAGUAGUGUGUGAUUUUUAAAUAAUAGAUCAUUAACAAAGAAAUGUGUAAAUACAAGGACGAUAAAAAAAAAGAACCAUUAGAAAUAAAGUCAGCAUGAAGCAAUUCAGAGCAUUUUUUCCUU